UGACGCUCGUGCCCCCACCAGCGCUUCCCCGGCUCUGGCCCCGAUAAUGCUCCCCCGCGUCGCGCUAUCGCCACCCCAGCUGCUGAGAUCCAUGGCGCUGUCCCCGUCGAGGCACGCCGCGCCAGUCCUGACCGAGCGCUGCUUCGUAGCCGAACUAGCCGGCUCCGAGCUUGUCUAUUUCACCUGCUGGAGUGGCAGCGGGCCCCCGGCCCCAGGCGGCAGUGUCCGCCCCCGAGGCUUCUUGCCUCGGCCGGGGCGAUGCUAUUCCUUCUGCAUCGAUGCCGCACAAAGCCUCCGAGAGCGGGUCCGGGCGGCCAGGCUGCACAAGCAGCUGCAGCAGAAGCUGAGCCAGGCGCCUUUCGGGGCUGGCUGCCAAGUGCUGCCGCUCCUCUCCUACUGCCCCACGGACGCCGCCGCCGCGCCGGAGAAGGGCUUCCUGGUCCAGGUGGCGCAGGCAGCGCCGGAGACCGAGCGCUCCUUGGAGGAGCUGCUGCGUCUUCACCUGCCCGCGCCAGCCCACCUGUGCGUCUACCAGGAGGCCGAAGACGGCCAGCUGUGGCGUGCCCUGUGGCGCCUGAAGGGGGCAGCAGAGGGCAAAGAGCGGCUGGGCAGAGCUCGCGUCGUGACGGCCCCGCGGCCCGACCGCCACCCGGCCGCUUCUCACCUCCUGGACGGCGCCGUGUUCUGCUCCCGUGAGGCUGCCCGCAGGGUCUUGGAGGAGUGCAUGGCUCUAAUUCCUGAAGCCAAAGCAGUCCUUGAUCUUGUGGAUAAGUGCCCUGACCUUCCAAAAAAGGGAGAUUUUCCUGUGAUAGUUAUUGAGGGCCUGGACGCAACAGGCAAAACCACAGUAACUCAGUCAUUGAAGGACUCACUGAAUGCCAUUCUCUUGAGAUCUCCUCCAUCUUGCGUCAGCCAGUGGAGAAAGACUUUUGACGAUGAACCAACACUCAUUCGAAGAGCGUUUUAUGCUCUGACCAACUACAUCGUUGCUUCUGAAAUUGCAAAAGAAUCCACUAAGUCACCAGUGAUUAUAGACAGGUAUUUUCAUAGCACUGCUGCUUAUGCAAUUGCCACGGAAAUAAGCGGGAAAGUGUCCGAUCUCCCUCCAUUGCAUCACCCAGUAUACUGCUGGCCCAAAGACCUUUUAAAACCAGAUUUGGUCAUACUGCUCACCGUUAGUCCCGAGGAACGGAUCCGAAGGCUGCAGGGACGAGGGGCAGAGAAAACGCGGGAGGAAGCAGAGCUGGAAGUGAACAGCUUCUUUCGUCAAAAAGUUGAAGAAUCUUACAGAAGGAUGGAGAAUCCUUCAUGUCAACUAGUUGAUGCCAGUCGUUCCAGAGAGGAGGUUUUCGAGAAUGUUCUACAUCAGAUUAAAAAGCAUUUUCCCUCAUGAUAGUUACUUAUAAAUGCACUGGGGCUGAUACUCUUUGGCACACUCCAGAGUUCCCUAGCAAAAUAAUCUUUUCUGUUGAAUAGGAGCGUUAGUAUUUUCAUUUGUCUAAAAGAGAAGAGUCAGAAUAAGAAAUCUGGUUUCCCCAGAGAAUCCUAGGAAUUUUGAAAGAUUCCAAUAGAUCACUGCUGAGCCAAAACACAGGCAUGCAUUG